UCUCGAACGUAAACCAGUCUACAACCUACGUUUCGUGCGCAUCUACAUCGCUAGUGUAAACAAAAUCUGUGUUCGUUUUUCAAGUGAAUUGAAAAUGGCUAUAAGCAGAUUAUCUAUUAUUAAAUUUUUGGAACUGGCGUUGACGUGUUCCUGCGUCGCGCUGCACUACCACAGCUACAAUGGCGAUGCGGACAUCGGCAUGCUGGUCACCGGUACCUUCAUCGGCUACCUCAUCAUAUUUGCUGGCGCUGCUGCUGGUUACGUGAUGCAGACCCAGGCUCACAAACGCAUCGAUAUUUUCUACUCGCUUGUGGGUGUUGCUCUGUUCGUUGCUAGCGGGGCUGUGUUGAUUGACAGAUUCCAGAACUAUUCCAAAUCCGAAUUCAAGGACAAAAAUUUGGCAAAGGCUUCGCUUUCAAUUAUCAACGGAGCCAUUUUGCUUAUUGAUGCCGUUCUGACACAGCGUGGAGGCUAAAGCGCGUUAUUUUCCAUAUAACCAUUUACCUACAUUUAGAGUCUCUAAAACUUUAACAAAUAAUUUGUCAUUAAAAAAAAUGGUUUUUAUAAAUUUACGAUUAUUAAUAAUUAUUUUUCUUGAUUUCGUAUAAGCUCAUCUGUGCAUUUGAUAUUUAUUAUUGUAAACGCUUUACGUGUGCGUGUUUAAAUGUAAGAUUCAUCGUAAAACAUCAACUUGUCAAAAUGAUCUAUAAAAUAUAAUGUGCCUUGAUAUCAUUCCAUUAAUAAAAAAUACAGUUUACAAAUAUUUAAGAAUCAACAAACAAGCUUUAAGAAAUAACCCAGAGUUACAAUUUCGUCCAUAGAUAGAUUAAGGGUUUAUAUUUUUUGUAUGUCUGUAUUUAAAACAUAGGAUAUAGGUGUGCUGUUCUUUGUUAAUUUAUAAUCUGUAUAACUUGUAAUAAUAAAAAAAUACUACAGCUAGUCUUCCAUGUACAAAUGAUACGCAAACUUUUUUUUUUGUACACAUAAUAGACAAGCACUUGACCGUUGAAUUGCCUGAUCUUAAGUUUAGUCACGGUCUAGGAUGUAGCGCGCCUGCCCAGAAGGAACCCGUUUACCCUGGAUUUAAAGACACCAACAUUGUACCUAUCAGGAAAUAUGGACUCAGGAAAAGCAUUCCACACUUUUGCAUUGCGAAUAAUAAAUGUGGAUUCAAAGCGCUUCGUACGUAGGCGGGGAAGUUCCACUGUGUAUCUACGGCGUUUUGGUCGCGUUUGCCUAGCCGAAGUGAUGCCACCACACGUCGAUGUUCGAGACUUUGGAGUCUAGACUCGACCAAUGUGUCGUCUCCUAUCAGCCUGUCUUGAAUACCAUAAUUUCGUUUAUUAUACAGUGUAGAAUACAGAUAAUAUAUUGUUUUUGUUAUGCUAAUAUUAAGAAGGAUUUAAUGUAACUCGGAUUAGAUGUACGGGAAAACUUCAAAUAUCUACUGUGUAUUGAUAUUUAUCAAAGAGAAUAGACCAUAUGUACCUUUUAAAAACCAAACAAUUCUAAAUACACACAAGUUUUUGAUAUUUUUCUUGCAUUUUAUGUAACCACCAAUAUUUUAGAACUGUUUUAAUAAAUGCAAUUUAUUUUUAA